AAGAGACCAGAAGGUAAUAAACCCAUUUUAGAAGAUACAGGUAGUAAAGGACUCAGAUCUUGCUACAUCAUACAGACAAGCCAAAACUGUGUCAGCUUUUGAGCUAUGCAGCUUCAUUCUUUCUAUGUCCUUGUGCUGGGAGUGUCAUUGGUGAAAACAUCAGACCCUGAGCCUUGCAACUGUGAAGAGAAAAUAAACACCUGCACUGUCCUUGCUGGAACCAAUGGACUGCCUGGUACUCCCGGGAGUAACGGAUUGCCAGGCGUACCUGGGAGUCAGGGAUUACCAGGAAGAGAUGGAGUGGAAGGUCCUAAAGGUGAAAAGGGAGACCAAGGAUUAAAAGGGAUACAGGGACCCCCGGGAAAAGCUGGCCCUCCUGGGUCUAAAGGAGAUCAAGGCGAAAGAGGACCCAAGGGUGACAGUGGAGGCACAGAACUUGAACUUCUCAAAACUCAGAUCAAUAAUUUACAGGCACAGCUGAAGGAGUUGCAAUCGACUGCAAGUAAAACCUCAACAGUCAUUCUAGGUCAAAUUUUUCCAAACAGCACAACAGCAAGAGAAAAAAAAUUUGUAACCAAUGGAGCUGAAGGUAAUUAUGACCUUUCAAAAGCAACAUGUUCCCAUUUUGGCAUGCAAAUUGCUUCACCAAGGAAUGAUGAGGAAAACAAGGCUGUGCAAAGACUCGCUGCCAAGUUUGGGAAAAAUGCAUUUCUUGGAAUGAAUGACCAGGAAACGGAAGGCGUCUUUAAGCAUUUAAAUGGUGAUCGAAUGGAAUACUCAAAAUGGGCCCCCAAAGAGCCCAAUGGGGACCAUGAAGACUGCAUAGAAAUAUAUAAGGAUGGCAACUGGAAUGAUCUUCCAUGCACUCUGACACGGUUAAUUGUGUCUAUGCAGCUUAUUUCUUUCUGCAUCCUUGUGCUGGGAGUGGAACUGGCGAGAACAUCAAAUCCCGAGCAAUGCAACUGUGGAGAGAAAGUGAACGUUGUUGCAUUAUUGCCAGGCAUUCCUGGGCAUCACGGAUUACCAGGAAGAGAUGGGAUGCAAGGUCCUAAAGGUGAACAGGGAGAUCAUGGACUACAAGGGAAACAGGGAGUCCCAGGAAAAGCUGGACCUUCUGGGGCUAAAGGAGAUCAAGGUGAAAAAGGACAAAAGGGGGACAGUGAAGGCAGUGAAUGUGAACUUCUGAAAGCCCAGAUUAAUGACAUGCAAGCACAGCUGAAGGAGCUGCAUGAAACCACAAGCGCAAUACAUAAAGUCCUUCUAGAUCAUGUUUUCUCAAGCACUAUAAAUGCUGGACAAAAACUGUUUGUAACCAAAGGAGCGGAAGGUAAUUAUGAGACUUCCAAAGCAGCAUGUUCCCAUUUGGGCGGCCAAAUUGCGUCUCCAAGGAAUGCUGCAGAAAAUAAUGCCCUGUCAAAAAUAGCUGCCAAGUUGGGGAAAAUCAUAUAUCUUGGAAUGAAUGACAUGGAGACCGAAGGUGCCUUUCAGCAUCUGAGUGGAGAACACAUGCAAUACUCAAACUGGGCAGCAGGGGAGCCAAACAGUGAAUAUGAGGACUGCAUAGAAAUGUAUACGGAUGGCAGAUGGAAUGACAAGUCAUGUUCUGAGAACCGGCUAAUAGUUUGUGAAUUAUUAUCCAUCUGACUUAGAGUGUUUCACAAUUCCACUUCUACUUCAUUGCAAUGUUUCUAAAUUUUGCAGUGAAGGUCACAUGGAACUCAAUCUUGGGAAAGUAUUCUGCAAAAACCGAUCUCCAUUAAUUUUUUUGUUCAAAGAAAGUCUUCUCAUUGAAUGGCGAUCCCAGGACUGCUGAGAGAAGGGAACUGAAGGUACAAAAAGAGCAUACCUUCCUCAUUUUGCUUUCAUGCAAGAGCAAGGAAGCAGCUGGCACGCUGCUUGUAAUCCUAGGGCUUCAGCAAGAGCUAGAACUAUAAGAAACCAUCAUUGCUAAUUUAAAUUGCUUGACUUGAAAUCAUAGCAAGUGCUUUCCUAUGGCACUUGAUUGUUUUUCAUUUAAAUGGAGGAUUAAAACAAGCGCAACUAUGGAUUACUAGAAAGGCUUUUUGCUUUGUUAAAGAUUGGUGAGAGUGUUUGUUUAAUUAAAGAUUGACGAGUU